AUGAAUAAAUUGGCGAACGUGCGACACUGGUCCGAGAGGAUGAGUCCCAAUUUUGGGAUGGGCCGACCCAACAUGCCCAUGAACGGCCUCAAUCCCCAUCCCAAGAACGCCGCCCAACCCGGACCCUCGAUCAGCUCACCGCAUGCCGCCGAUACAACGAUCCAUUGCUGCUUCAACGUCCCAUUCUCCUCGGACCUUGCUGGCCCCAACACUGAGGACAUUCUCCAUGCAACCACAGACGCUGUCCUUCGCUGGACGCACCCGGAAGACGCGCCCGACGAUGUCCAGGUCCACGAACUGCCCGCCCAUGCCGAGGGACUCAAUAGCCUGCGAAGGCUGUGUGGGGAGCUGUCUAGCGGACCCCUUCCGGUUGAAGCAUACGUUUUGUGCACGUCCACCGGCAGCCCAAAGGGCCAGCAGAUCGUCACAGUUUGUCUAACUGGUUCGCCUGACUUGGUCCACAAGAGCCGAGAGGCCAUCUACAACGACACCCCAAUCUCACUGCGCUGCACUACGAUUGAUGUUGAUGGUAACCUCGUCUGUGACCUCGACGCUGGAAAACUGCGAGAUUCGGUGACUGAAACGCUGGACUACAUCUCGGCAUACUGCGGAGUCGACAUCUUCUUGCUUGGCCCUAAGCUUACGCCCAUGGUCGAUGGAAUGAGCGGGGAUGCAGAAACCCGAAUGGAUCAGCGGUGGAGAGUUGCAAUCUAUGGUGACCCUCUCUCCUCAGAGCAUGCCAAGGCCAGGGUCCUGAUCCAUAUUGAUUCUCUGCUCGGCCGCUUGGCUGAUACCGUGAAAGUCGACCAGUCCUUGCACCAGAUCAUCUGCGGUCGCCACAGGAAAAACAUCAAGCUCAUCGAGUCAUCCACUGGCACAGCGAUCUAUUUCCCGCCGUUAUUCUCCCAGAUGUACAGAUAUUGCCCGCCGAACGCGAGCCGACGUGAUCCCAACGAUAUUUACAUUACGGGGGAAACACCUCAGGCGAUCCGAUUGGCGAAGGAGAAGAUUCACGAGACGGUCACCAGGAUUCGUUUGUACAUCAAAGAUGUUACAAUCCCUGCCGCCAAGAUUGACAGCAUUCUGCUUGACCGAACCGACAAGGUCCGCAAAAUUCUCGAAGCAAACGGUACUUACAUCAUGUUCCCGGCCCUGGGCACGCAACGAACUACCGUCCGUGUGCAAGGAAACGAAGGUCUCCCUGUCGAGCGGACAGUCCGAGAGCUCAUGACUCUGGCUGGCCAAUUCUACGCCGCUGGCUGGUACAUCCAGCUUGAACCUAGGCAAUUGCCGAACCCAACAGACCUCAGGACCAUGCUUAGCGAAAUCUGUGCGAACUCUGGUGCUGAUGUGGUUUUUGACAAGCUCAGCUUCAAUUUCACAGGAUCCGACGACUCUGUGAAAGCUGCUCUCUCUGUUCUCUCAGAGAUCAAAUUUGUUACCCACUCACAGUAUCAGAUUCGUGUUAAGAUUGAGCUAGCCAAUGAGCACAAGGAAUUCGUUAGUGGCAAGAAGAAUGGAAAGAUCAACAAGAUCAUGGGCCAGAGCAAUGUUCAAAUCAUUUUCGACGGUUUCAAUGAGUACAACUUCAACAUCGAUGUGAUGGCUGCUGCCUAUGAAUCAAUGAAGCAAGGUCUCUCUUUGGUGGAACAAGAAAUGCCUGCAUCAAUCUCCUUCCAUGUCCCGGACCAGUACCACAAGCGGAUUAUUGGCAUUGGGGGCCAGCAUAUUCAGCGAAUCAUGAAGAAGCACUCCGUCUUUGUCAAGUUUUCCAAUGCUAUGGAUCGAGGUGGUAUGGGACGAGAGGAUGAUGACAUCAAGGUCGACAACGUCAUCUGCCGCACUCCCGCCCGUAACGCUCAGAACCUUGAUGCUGUCAAGAACGAGAUUCUUGAGAUGGUCGACCGAACUGAUUCCGAAUACACCUCGCAGAUUGUCAAUGUUGAUCGACUCUACCAUCGGCAGCUCAUCGCUCGUCUGCCCGAAAUCGACGAGCUUGAGCAAAAGUUCAACUGCAAAAUUAGUUUCCCGAGCACGGAGCAAGCCAGUGAUGAGGUUACUGUCACAGGUCCUCAAUGGCAGGUUCCACACUGCGUCGACGAGUUUUUGGGCAUGGUUCCAGACAAGCACGAACUCGUUCUUUCAUGCAAUGAAGAAUUGGCUAAAUUCCUUGAGAGCCCUCAGUUUACCACCGAACUAGUCGAAAAACUCAAGUCGCAGUACGAGGUGGACCUCACAGCCCGCCAAGAGAAACCCGAGACACCCGACGUUGCUCCUACAGUUCAGCUCUCCUGGGGUUUUACUCGGAACAAUGCAGGUGGUCUGCGAGAUGCAGUUGAUUUUCUUAUGAGCCAGUUCACGAACUCAGGACUCGACAUCACGGUUGUCAAGGGUUCACUUCCUCGACCCAAGUCGGACUCGUUUGAAGAUUCUCUUCAGUAUUUCGAUUCGAAACUCUUGCAACAUGCUCCGUCGGUUUCCAGCGACUCUCCGGUCAAGGCUGCGUUUGGUGACGAAAUUGCCCGUGAGCGCAGUGGUAUUCUCGACCGCUUGCGAAAGCCUGGAAGCAUGACUUCGAUUUCAUCAUUCCUCGAUCGGCGCAAGAACAGUUCUCGCUCCCCUAAUGGCAACUUCUUCAAAGGCUCGAGCAACGUGUCCAAGUCAUCACUCAUCUCAAUCGAGUCCGCUCGCAGCUUCAAUGCGGACCGCAACCCCUGGAAUGACAGCGGCGUGAAUCUUCCAGAUGACGACAAUCCAUGGGCUCCUCGGCCUCUUGGGAACCAUGGCGACAACAAAUUGGCAAUCCCCAUCCCUGGUGAUGCUACACCACGCCACCAUACCCGCAUUUCUGGCGAUAGCGGGCGCCCUUCUACAUCUCAUUCUAUGAAUUCAGGAUACCCCGGCUCAAUUGGGCCUUUCCGUUAG